AUGUUCACUGCUACAAGAGGUGCAAAUCACCUCAAUAAUAUUCAUCGAUACCAACCAUACAAUAGCAAUAAUAAUAAUGUAAAUACUUAUGGUUAUAACCACCAUGGUUGCCACCACUAUAAUAAUAAUAAUAAUAACAAUAAUAAUGGUACCAACAACAACAACAAUAAUAAUAAUAAUUUCUAUCUACAACAACACCAGGUUAAAAAAAAUAAUAAAUUUAAUAAUAAUAAAAAUACCAAAUUGAAUAACCACAAUUACAAUAGCCAUACUUAUAAUAAAAAAGCCAGAGUUAGAGCUAGAAGAUUAUUAAGAAGACGUAACAUUAUAAAUAAUAUUCUUUACAAUAGUGAAAAUAAUAAUAAUAACAAUUCAGAAAUCAGUAAUACAACUACGACCACCACUACAACAACUACUACAAAUUCAUAUUCUUUUGUACAUAAUAAUACACAUAAUAAUAAUAACAAUCAAUAUAAUAAUAAUAAUUUCACAGGUAAUAAUAAUCAUUAUUAUAAAUCAAAUUGGAAUUCAUCAUUGUCAGUAAAUUCAUUCAAUAAUAAUAGUAAUAAUUGCUUUAAGAAAUUUCAUAACAAUCGAAGAAAACUUAGGAGAAGUAGAUUCUUUAAAAGUCCACUUUUCGAAAACAAUAAGCAUCAUCAUCAACAACAACAACGAUAUAAUAAUCAACUAGAGACAUCAUUGAAUCAUCAAGAAGAACAACAGUAUCAACAACACCAAGAAGAAGAAGAAGAAGAAGAAGAAUCGUAUCAAUUUGGAUAUCAACAACAUUCACAUUUAGAGUUGGAGGAGGAAGAGGAUCUAGGAAUUGUGAUCCCAACUGACAACAUCGAUAUUGAAGAGGAAGAGGAGGAAGAUCAUACCCUUCCACAUAAUCAAGAGAUAGAAGAGGAAGAAUUCCAACAUCAAGAGGAAUACCAGGAGGAGGAGGAAGAAGAAGAAGGACAGGACUAUCAAGCAAUCGACAUUGAAACGUUUAGUGACUCUGACGAGGGAGUACUAGAAGAAGAACCUGAAAAAACAAAGACCGACCUCGAACUCCACGACUACGAAGACGAAGAAGAGGACGACGACGACGACGAUAACUUUGAAGACGAAGACUCUGACGAGGACGAACUGUCUGAUAUUGACACCCUUAGAUUCGAGAGACAUCCGCUGCACAUGAACUCAUCGCACUACGGCAGAUUCUCCACAUUUCAUAGGAAUGUGUCGUCUUCGCACUCCACAGUGGCCACCACCGCCACCAACUCAUUUUCGCCACUGACACAGUCGCAAAUCAAUGAUAUACAGACGCGUGAGAUAACUUCGGAGGACUAUGAUAUUCUAUUGCUCCUCGAUAGCACUGUCAAACCCAAAACGGUGCCACAACAUAUAGUGCGUUCACUUCCCACCGACAAAUUCAACGACACUCACAAACAACUGUGUCCAUCGUGCGUGGUCUGUCUACUGGAUUUCGAAGAGAACGAACCCAUUACAAUACUACCGAAAUGUAAACAUCUAUUCCAUACACCAUGUAUUACCAAUUGGCUGUCAAAGUCCUCUACCAACUGUCCAAUUGAUGGAUUACCAUGUUAUAACGAUACCUCCAAAUAG